AUGGCCGCUGGCGGUGGAGUGCAGUUCCUCCAGUCGAAUGUGGAGGACGGGCCCAAGGGAAUCGCCGCUUACAAGCCUCAAAAUACGGAGGUCAUUCGAAAGAUGCUUCGCGAACAGCAGCGUGAGUGUCAGGCGCUGCACGCGAACCCUCUCUUUAAGGAGUUUCGCACUCCCGGCAGCGUCAGAGCGAAGAAAUUUGGCAAGGGCUACGCUGUCGUAGAGGACACGGGUAUGCCACAGCCAUUUGCGGACCCCAAAUCGAUUGAGUACGAGGGCCAGGCGCGCAUGUUCGAGCUAAUUAAGAACACGGCCAUUAAGGAGGAGAAGGCCAGACAGGGCGUCUGGGCGUCCUUCGGCGCUCCUUACGUCCCGCUUGGAGAGCCUAAGGAGCAGCAGGCCGGUGGCGGUGCCGGCAUCGGCGGCGGCGGCGGCAGCCGCCGCCGACGAGGCGGCAGCAGCGGCAACCCCGCCGCCGCCGCUGGCGGCGGCGGCGAUGCCCGCCCGGGCUCGCCGGGCUCCGCCGCCGGCUACGACUCGGAUAGCUUGCCGGGGUACGGCAGCAGCGCCGACGCCGAUUCGCAUCUAUCACCGGCGGAGGCGGCUAUCCGUGCGGCAACACGCGAGGCGGAGGACACGGUCAACAAACAGAAGUCCGUGAUGCGCUUCACCGUCAGCGACCGAGCGGAGGCAGCCUUCCCAGCGGCAGUGCUGACGUCAGCAAAUGUACGAGCAGCGCGCGCUCGCGCCUCCGUCGGCGCCUUUGUCAAUCGGCGAGAGGCGGAGGAGGAGAUCUCCGACCCGCAUCGCGCCUUCGGCCAGCCGCCGCCGGUACGGCGUCAGCUUGUGCCGCUGCCGCCGGCGGCGCGGCGGAUCAUCCACGGCGCAACCGGCGGCGGUGGCGGCGCCGGCGACGAUGCCGUCGGAGUUGGCGAGGGCUCUACUUUCUUCCUGACCCAGCAGGCCGGCCAGGCGGCGCAAGAUGAAGAACGCCGGCGCACCUCCCUGGAGAACGGCGCGGUCGCGUCCACGUCACCGCCGCACGAGGGUACGACAUCUGGAUCUAUGGGCGCCACGGGGGCCGUGGCUGUAGCUGGAUUGCCGCUAGUUAGCGAACCAGCCUCAUUUGCCGCCGCGGCCGCAGGUUCUCCUAAUGACGGUUCCUUUGUGCCGCUGGUGGAGCCUGUGGUGCCGCUGUACGGCGACGAGUCUAAUCCGGUGUACAAGUGGCACAACGACUUUGUCGCGGGCCGUGCGACCGUGCGGACCGAGCCCACCAACGCGGCUGGGCUGUCCACGACUUUGUUCGGGGUGCUCAACCUGGCGCAGGGCCGAAUGCCCACCUACGCAUCCGGCGGCAAGGUGGUGAGCCCCUACGCGCGACUGGAGGCCUACCAGGUGGCGCAGGAGGCGGCCCGUCGCAACACGAAGCAGAAGGCGAUUCAGGCUCUGGAGCCCACCGAGAUCCGGAUCUUGCAGCGCUUCUACGACCAGCUGUGCGCGCUGGUGGAGGUGCAGAGGAUGAGCGACCCGCUGUGCCUCAUGGUGGUCUCCAAGGUCAAGUCCCUCCUGGAGGCCGGUGUGUAUCUGCACCGGCCCAUGCUGGUGGCAGUGCUGGAGUACGUGGCGGCCUUUGCCAAGGGCGCGGGCAUGAUGCGGUACAACAAGUACCUGCUUGCCGUACUGACGUUCAUCACCAAGUGCGUGGGCUUGGACGUGGCGGACCUCGAGGAGGUGGUGGAGCAGCAAGGCGUGUCAAUGGUAGUGUACGGCACACCUGUCGUUCCAACGAAGGUGACAUCGGAGAUGGUUGCCGCGCUGGGCGGCCCCGACGACGACGGGACGGGAUCGGGGGGAAAGGGGUCGGGGGGUGGUGCGCCGGCACGAUUCCGCAGCGCGCGCCACCAUUCAAAGCACGUCAGCGGUGGCACUGCCCCGACCGCGGCCGCCGCUGCUGCUGCGGCGGCGGCGCAUGCGUCAUCCAGCGCCCCCGCCGGCACCGGAGGCGAUGGGGGCAUGGGCGCCGAGAGUGCCCCAGGGGAAGCCGCACCGGAGCCUCUGACGCCCUCAGAUGCGGUCACUUCCGUGCUACCGGUGGAUCCUUUUGCUCAGUUGGAGCUAGCAUCGAAAAUAGCGCAGCAUGCCUUAGCGUCAAAGGCUGCGCAGCUGGAGGCGGAAGGUCAGCAGCUGCGGGACGCCCUCGUACAAAAACAGAACCACAUAAAGAUGCUCGAGCGGCGAGUGUCCACUCUCGAGCUGGAGCUGCAGGACAUGGCCGCAAAGAGCAAGCAAGCAAUAGAGGAGGCGCACCGGCUGCAAAGUGAAAAGACCCUUCUAGCGGAUACCGUCAAAAGGUUACAUAAGGAUGUUGCUCGGUUGGAAGCCUUCAAGAAGAACCUGCUCAACACCCUUAACAACGAGGACGAGCCUGGGCUGGAGCCCAGCGUAGCAGCUGCGGAUGUGGCUGGUGAACGGCUGGUUUCGGAGGUGCUUAGCAGCAUCAGCAAACCGCCGGCCAUGCAGCCACCGAGCGCCUACACCGUUCGCAUGGCGCCAGCGGCAACCCCGGCGUACCCGAGCACGUCCGGAAGGCCCAUGUACGGCGCAGCCACACCGCAGGCCACGAGCUCGGCGCAGUACGCUGCACCGCCCCCACCACCUAUGCCGCAUGCGCAGUAUGGGAAUCCUGGUUCACCGCCGCGGAUCGACGGAAAAGAAUUUUUUAAGCAAGCCAGAGCCCAACUGUCUUACGAGCAGUUCAGCCAGUUCCUGCACAACAUCAAGGAGCUCAACGCGGGGCGACAAAGUCGUGAGGAGACUCUCCGCCGGUCAAGAGAUAUCUUCGGUCCCAUGCACCAGGAUAUGUACGGAAUGUUCGAGGCCCUGCUAAGCAGGCACAGUGGCACAAUGCUCUAG